AGGGGGAAGAGGGGUUCGGAGCGGGACAGGCGCACGGCUGAGAGCUGAGUGAGCCGACGCCGCGGCCGCUCUCCGGCGGCGGGAGGGAGACGGUGGCGGCACCGCCGCCCUCGUCGGUGAGGAAGAGCAUGUGUGCAGAGUUCAGUGGCAGAAUAUUCAAGGUACAUGGGCAGUCUGUGGCAAGAACACUUGAAGAAGGUGUGACCAGCUACAAGAAUCAUCCGAACUUGAUUAUGGAGACUGAGAAGUGCUAACAAGCCCAGGAAAGGAACUAAUUGGAAGAGUAUUGCUAGACGUAGAAGUGGAACACAUACUUCUGCUACAGUCAUUGACUCAGAGUAAAACACCAGCAGUGAAAUGACAAGUACUUGUGCUUUCUGAUUCUCUGGUGGAUUUUGUUACUUAGACAUUGCUAUUGACAUUUUUAUUAUUCCAUGUAAUACAUCUCAACUCUCUCUGUACAUAAAAAUAUAUACAGACAGUUGCAUUUUGAUACUGGUUAAAAACACCUUUGAAUGUUAAAUCGUUUGCCAAGAUGACCGCUGAAGGAUAUCAGUACAGAGCUUUAUAUGACUACAAAAAAGAGAGAGAAGAAGACAUUGACUUGCAUUUAGGAGAUAUAUUAACUGUGAAUAAAGGUACCUUACUAGCACUUGGAUUCAGUGAAGGGGAAGAAGCAAAACCUGAGGAAAUUGGCUGGUUAAAUGGCUUUAAUGAAACCACAGGGGAGAGAGGGGAUUUCCCAGGAACUUAUGUAGAGUACAUUGGGAGAAAAAAAAUAUCUCCCCCAACUCCAAAGCCUCGUCCUCCUCGACCCCUUCCUGUAGCACCAGGUCCUGCAAAAGUUGAAGCAGAGAGUGAGCAACAAGCUUUUUCACUUCCAGAUCUUACGGAGCAGUUUGCACCUCCUGAUGUUGCUCCACCGAUUCUUAUCAAGAUAGUGGAGACAAUUGAAAAGAAAGGUCUGGAGUGCUCUACUUUGUAUGGAACACAAGGCUCAAGCAGCUCAGCAGAAUUAAGACAAAUUCUUGAAUGUGAUGCCUCUUCAUUGGAUUUAGAGACAUUUGAUGUGCACACUUUAUCUGAUGCUCUCAAGAGGUAUCUCUUGGAUCUGCCAAAUCCCAUCAUUCCAGCAGCUGUUUAUAGUGACAUGAUUUCUGUAGCUCAAGACGUGCAGAACUCAGAGGAAUAUGCUCAGCUGCUGAAGAAACUCAUCAGAGCUCCAAAUCUACCUCCCCAGCAUUGGCUCACACUCCAAUAUUUGCUGAAACAUUUCCUCAGAGUUUGUCAAGCCUCCAGCAAAAAUACCUUGAAUGCAAGAUCUCUGGCUGAAAUAUUCAGCCCUCUGCUUUUCAAAUUCCACAUAGCAAGCUCUGAUAAUACUGAACACCACAUAAAAAUCCUGGAGGUUUUAAUCACAAGCGAAUGGAACGAGAGACAGCCUGUACCAGCACUGCCUCCUAAGCCACCGAAGCCUAAUACUGUAACAAACAACAGCAUGAAUAACAACAUGUCAUUACAAGAUGCUGAAUGGUACUGGGGAGAUAUCUCAAGAGAAGAAGUAAAUGAGAAGCUUCGAGACACUGCUGAUGGUACCUUUUUGGUACGAGAUGCUUCAACUAAAAUGCAUGGGGACUACACACUUACUCUAAGGAAAGGAGGAAAUAACAAAUUAAUCAAAAUAUUUCAUCGAGAUGGAAAAUACGGCUUUUCUGACCCAUUAACUUUCAACUCUGUGGUUGAGCUAAUAAACCACUACCGGAAUGAAUCUCUAGCCCAGUAUAAUCCUAAACUGGAUGUAAAAUUACUGUAUCCAGUAUCUAAGUACCAGCAGGAUCAAGUUGUAAAAGAGGAUAGCAUUGAAGCAGUGGGAAAAAAAUUACAUGAAUAUAAUACCCAGUUCCAAGAAAAAAGCCGAGAAUAUGACAGACUCUAUGAAGACUACACGAGAACAUCUCAGGAAAUUCAAAUGAAAAGAACAGCUAUUGAAGCAUUCAAUGAAACAAUAAAAAUAUUCGAAGAGCAAUGCCAGACGCAAGAAAGAUACAGUAAGGAAUACAUUGAAAAAUUUAAACGAGAUGGAAAUGAAAAAGAAAUACAAAGAAUUAUGCACAACUAUGAAAAACUGAAGUCUCGAAUCAGUGAAAUUGUGGACAGCCGGCGCAGAUUAGAGGAGGAUUUAAAGAAGCAAGCAGCUGAAUAUCGAGAGAUAGACAAGCGUAUGAAUAGCAUUAAGCCAGACCUCAUACAGCUGAGGAAGACAAGAGAUCAGUACUUGAUGUGGCUGACUCAAAAAGGCGUUCGGCAAAAGAAGCUAAAUGAAUGGCUUGGAAAUGAAAAUACAGAAGACCAAUACUCCAUGGUAGAAGAUGAUGAAGACUUGCCCCAUCAUGAUGAGAGAACAUGGAAUGUAGGAAAUAUCAAUAGAAGCCAAGCUGAAAAUCUGCUGCGGGGAAAGCGAGAUGGAACAUUCCUUGUUCGAGAGAGCAGCAAACAAGGCUGCUAUGCCUGCUCUGUUGUGGUGGAUGGAGAAGUAAAGCACUGUGUGAUAAACAAAACACCUACUGGGUAUGGAUUUGCAGAGCCAUAUAACUUGUACAGCUCGCUCAAAGAACUGGUGCUACAUUAUCAACACACAUCACUUGUGCAGCACAAUGACUCUCUCAAUGUCACACUAGCCUACCCAGUAUAUGCCCAGCAGAGGCGAUGAAGAUCUUAGUACUCUGUGUUGAUUGUUUUUCUCCUGUAGAAAGGAUUUGACAGCAUUGAGGCCUCUGGAGGGAAAAGGCUCCUUUCAGCCUUACUCAGUAUGAACUGCAGUUUCAAAGCUGUCUGUCUUCAGAUGGGACUAGAGCUUUACUUUACAACUGCAGUGGGAGAGAUCACAGUAUUAAGCUGUGAACAUAUGUUUCUUAUCUGAAGUGCUUUUUUUUUUUUUAAUUAACAGAAGAAAAACACAAGAGAGAAAUCCUAACCUGAUCUCCCCACAGGGACAUGGAGGCCUUUAACCCUGGUGCUUGUUUAUGACCACUUCUGAAGCUUUACCAGCUAGAACUUUGGAUUCUUGAGACACAAGGUGUAUGAGGCCUUUGUCAUUCGGUUAUUGGAAUUUUGUGGCCACAGCCUGGCUUGGAUUUGGUGUUGAUGCACUCAGUGGAUCCAGACACACAGCAUUGUGGAUUUUUUGGUUUCUAGCGAAUGAUAUGUAGCAGAACGGCACUUUCAUUUCUAAAGGACACUUUAAAAGGACUUCAGUAACAGUAUGUUGUGCAGAGUAAUUGUAAUAGCAAAGUGCCAGGAAGUGUUUUGUUUAGAUGUUUAAAAAUCCUGUUUUAAGAAUAUAUUUAAGUCUGAAGAAAACGGGACUUUUAAUGGCAUACAGUAUAUAA